UCCUGAAUACCUCCGUCCAGUGCCAAAGAAUUCCUCGGUAGGUCCUAUAAAAGUUUGUCCAUUUUGGGCCAUUUCAAGCGCAGAUUCUAAAGGCCCAACAAGAUGAGAGAGAAAAAGGGAUAAGGAAAAUGUUGCAACGUAAAGGAAAUCAGCGGCAAAACUUGUAUUGGGAUAUUCUUCCAGGUUUGACUUUCUCCUUUUCUUCUUCGCCCCCCCCUGGAAUUCACACACUCACUCUCACUGUGAGUGUGGGAUUUAGUGGAGGAAGAUGGAAGCGAAUUACAGAAGAAGAAGCAUAGCUAUUAUUGCUGUCUUUGUAUUAGUUAGUUUUCGUUUUUCUCUCGUUGUCACUGAUACUUCACGCCAAUGCAAAGCUUGGCUCGUCCUGUCCAUCCCUACAGAUAUGCCCCACCUCCGUCCCGUCUCUGGCGUUCUUGCUACCGCGGACGUUUUCCAGUGGUUGGCUGGGAAUUCUUCCCGGAGGCUGGACAUAAUAGCACAGUACUGGCAGCUGAGAGCGCAUCCUGAAGAUCCUCGUUCAGGGGAUUAUGGAUACUCGAAACGCGAUAUGAAGAAAUUUGGUGCUCAGGAAGGCUCAAAAGUUUACAAGUCUAUAGAGAAUGCUGCUGACCGCAAUGUUAGUAUCAGAUUGCUGUCACACUCAGGAGUAUAUCCUGACUAUACUAGAGAACCAUCCAACCUUGCUUCAGGAAGGCCAAAUGUAAAGAAUGUGACUUUGUUGCUUGGAGAUUGGUGGGGGUCAGGCAUAGUCCAUACAAAAGUAUGGAUAUCAAAUCGCCAAGAUGUAUAUAUUGGAUCUGCAAACAAUGACUGGAAAUCUCUUACUCAGGUGAAAGAACUUGGAAUCUAUCUUGUUGGUUGUCCAAAAAUAGCAAGAAAGGUUGAAGCCUACUUUAACAACUUAUGGACGCUAGCAUCUCUUAAUUCUUCUGAGUAUACAAACACUGUUUCAGAUCAACAAUGGCAGAUUGAAAGAAAAGUUCCCUGCUGGUCACGAUUCAUUGAUACUGAUUUGAGGUGUAGGUCACCUAUUCCUCGAUUUGAGGAUAUUCCCUAUGUAUUAGGAUAUCCUAUACUGGCAAGCCCUAAAGUUUUUAAAUUGCCAAUCAAGACUCCUGGCCGUGAUUAUCCAGCUUUGGAGCCUCAAGUCAGCUAUCUCUCUUUCGCUCCUCCAGAGCUUUCAUUUGGCAGAUACCAGCCUGAUGAACAAGCAUGGUUGGAUACUAUUAAAUCUGUUGGAUACGGAUCAAGUUUAAGGAUAAGUACCAUGGACUGGCUUGGUCAGUCCCAAUAUACGAAGGAAACAGUUUACUGGUCAUCCCUUUCCUCUGCAAUAUCGGAGGUUGUGUUUGGAAAACAUGCAAAAGUGAAGAUAUUGGUAGCAUACUGGACACAUUUUAUCAACAACACAGAUCAGUAUCUGAAGUCUCUUCUCUACACAAAUGUUCUCUGCUCGUCGUCCAAGUACAAGAAAUGUUCUGGUAAAGUAGAGAUAAAGUACUACAUGGUUCCAGGUUACAACAUGACAGGACCCGCAAAGCACCAUAAAGCUAAGACUGGAAAUAUCUACCCGGGUUUUACCAGGGUCAACCAUGGAAAGUACGCAGUGAGUGAUGUCCGAGCCAAUAUUGGGACAAGCAAUCUUAUAUGGGAUUACUUUUAUGCAACAGCAGGGGUGAGCUUUGGUACAUAUAAUCCUGCCAUUGUUUCGCAACUUCAAGAAAUCUUCGAUGCUGAUUGGAAUUCUCCCUAUGCUGUGCCUGUGGAAGAGUUGGGUCGUUCUUGUACAAGUUAAUGACAACUUGUAAACUUGUUAAAGAGUCUCGAGACUGCAAAAGCUCCAUUUCAGAGGACCAAAUGAGCUGAAGAUAUGGAGUUUGAGUAGAUGAACUUGAAAACUCUUUUCUCUUGAUAACUUUGAUAGUCAGAAGAUAAGAAGUCAGAUCUCUUUAUUACCAUUAAAUUAUUAUAUCUGAAUAUAUCAAAGCAGAUAUGUAAAACAGAAAUGCCGUAUUAUUAUUUUUUUUCCCACCUUUUUAAAGUUCUUUAUUAUUGUUAUUUUCCCCACUUAUUAUUAUUAUUAACGUUCUUCUUUAAAAGCUACGUCUAUUCGCAUUCUAUUAUUUCUUUUA